GAGGCGACGGAGGCAGGAGCCGCAGUCCGGGCGACGAGGAACCGAGGACUCGUGCUGCGAGCUGGAGGCGCGGCGGGAGCGGCCCACGUGCGCGCCCGCGAAGCGACUGCUCGGCGACCUUAUGUUUCUGCUGGGGGGUCUCUGCAGCUUCGGAAGCCCGCGGAGCCCGCCGCGACCCCCGGCCCCGGAGAGCUGAUCCUGCCCCUCCGGCACUUGGCUGGGAUGAACUUGCCGGCCCUUCUCUUCUCGAUCGGUUGGUGGACUUUGGGGCUGGUAAAUGGGAUUCACCCAGAAUGCAGAUUGCAGCUGGAGCUUCAUAAAGAGGAAAUAAGGUGCAUGGAGCUUUUAAAAGAUGCCAAAACCGUGGGUUUUAAAGGGUGUCUUGGGAUCUGGGACAACAUUACCUGCUGGCACCCUGCGGAAAUUGGGGAAACCGUGACAGUACCGUGUCCAAAAAUCUUCAGCAUUUUUUUCAGCAAACCAGGAAAUAUCAGCAAAAACUGUACAAGUAACGGUUGGACAGAUAUAUUUCCAGAUUUCUUCUUUGCUUGUGGUUAUAAAGAAGUUGACGAAGACAGCAUGAUUUUCUAUGUUUUGGUGAAAGCGAUUUACACCCUUGGACACAGUGCAUCUCUCAUUGCCCUGACUACAGGAAGUAUAAUUCUUUGCCUUUUUAGGAAACUUCACUGCACUAGGAACUAUAUACAUUUGAAUUUGUUCCUGUCCUUCAUUCUAAAAGCAAUCUCUGUCUUGGUCAAAGAUGAUAUCCUCUAUUCUGGUACCAACACAGUUCACUGCUCAGAGGAUCAACCAUCCUGGGUCGGCUGCAAGGCUAGCUUGGUAUUUUUCCAGUACUGUGUAAUGGCCAACUUUUAUUGGCUCUUAGUUGAAGGACUUUACCUCCACAUCCUCAUGGUCAUAUUCUCUCCUAACAGACACUUCGCCUUAUAUCUCCUUAUUGGAUGGGGAAUCCCCACAGUGUUCAUCAUUGCAUGGAUUGUGUCUAGAGUCUAUUUGGAGGACACUGGUUGCUGGGAUACGAAUGAUCACAGCGUUCCUUGGUGGGUUAUAAGAUUACCCAUCCUAAUUUCAAUUUUAGUGAAUUUUAUACUUUUCAUCAGCAUUAUAAGAAUUCUACUGCAAAAGCUGAGAUCGCCAGAUGUUGGAGGCAAUGACCAGUCCCAGUAUAAGAGACUUGCAAAAUCGACAUUGCUGCUCAUACCACUGUUUGGAGUUCACUACAUGCUAUUUGCUGUCUUUCCAAUUCGUAUUUCUAAUAACUAUCAGAUCAUUUUCGAGUUAUGUCUGGGAUCUUUUCAGGGCCUGGUUGUUGCAGUCCUAUAUUGCUUUCUGAACAGUGAAGUACAAGGCGAACUGAAAAGAAGAUGGCGGAGUUGGUGUUUGAACCAAAGAAUGGGCCGAGAUUACAGACUUCACAGCUCUUCUAUUUCUCGGAACGGCUCAGAAAGCAUCUCCCAGUUGCAUCGUAAUUCAGCGACUCAGUUUUCUCUCCAAACGGAAACCACAGUGAUAUAAGCCACGUGGGUGCCUGCAAAAGACUAAAGACCAUAGGGCAUAUCGCUGACAUUGUACAGCUCAGUCAGCGUGAUAACAUUUUAUAGUGUCUGUAGAGUUUUUACCCUGUUUUUGUCUACAUGUCAAAAUGUGGGAAUGGCCCAGUGCAGGUCCAUGGUAUCCUUUGAGUUUAGCCUUAGAACUUGUUUUCAGCUGUAGGAUUUGUGUCCUUGGACCAUAGGAAGUGGUGUGUUUUGAUGCAUUUUUAUUAGUUAUCACCCUGACCCCUGCCAAUUCCAGGCUGAAAAUAAUUGGGAUUUACUGGAUUAAGAAAAAGAAAAGUUGUGCUCCCUCAGACCAAUGUCCCUCUAGCUUAGCAUUCUUUCCCCCAACAGCGUUCAGCCAGAUAUCUCCAAAAUGACAUGAAGGCAAGACAUGAAGGCAAGAGUCUGCUACCAUGGUUGCCCUCUAAAACUUGAAAAUUUUGGAGAUGCACUUCCCCUAAACUGGGAUGCCAUAUAUAGACAUCAUGAACUGCAGCCAUUGAUAGCCUAAAAUUUCACAAAUGUAUCUAAUCCUCUUUAAGGUCAUUUAAGACGCUGGCCAUUGCCACACUUGAUAAUGAGUUUCAUAGAUAAAUUAGGUGAGGUCUGAAGAACUUCCUUUUGUCUGUGCUGAAGCUCCUGCCAGUUACUUUCAAUUCAUCACCCUGGCCUCUGAAUCAUUCUCCCAGAUGCCCACUAAACAUAUUGGUUGCUUGUCCACAUUCUUUCAGCAAACACUCCCCCAUUUACAUGAUGCCAAACAUCGCCAGACUUAGGACCAGCUCUGUUACAUAGAUUGUGAUACCAACCCACAUUGGCAGGCUAGACCUCAGCCUGGGUCCAUAGUUUCAGAAGAAAAUGUUACUAGGCUUUGGUUCAAGGAUGGGGAACCUUUGGCUCAUGGACCUAAUGGGGCCCCCCAGACCAACUCAUUUGGCUCACUAGUCCCUUUUCGCCAAGCCACAUCGGGUAAAGACAUGGGGGCUUGUAGACACCACCCUAGAACUGAUGAGCAGCUGCUGCAAAAUAUAGCCCAGAAGGUAAUCUUCAAAGUCUAAUGGCACUUUUAAAUCUGGUGAACUCUAAGAAGCCUAAGUGGGUGGAGGCUUGGGUAAGAUGUCAUACACAGACCUUUGCCAUGACUAGCAGAAGAAAAGAAUUAAGAUUUUUGUAGGACGCACACACACAAACUGCAGAAUUCAGCUUGCAUUAAUUUUGAUUAAUAGAGCAUCCUUGCUUUUAUCACACACUGGCAUAUUUUCCCUCUGUUACCUACAGUUUGGCUGUGCCCUGAGUAUUGAUUGUUAUCUUUUGCACUUUGAUUUGCACUUUUAAUUUGCAAAUGGUUUUGCCAUCAUUAUUGCAUAUGCUCUCUCAACAAACCAGUGAUGUCGGUUACUAUUAUUACCAUUAUACAAAUGGGAACUGUGGUUGGGAGCCAAUGAUUUGGCUCAAGGUUGUGCAAUGAGUCUUGAGACAGAGAUUGGAACUUGACAAAGGGGAAACGGUGAACCACACUGAGACAGAAGAAAUACUGUAUAGAGGUACGUGAUAAACCUUAUAAACCAUGGGCAAGGAACCUUACUAGUUGAAGGAACACAUUCCCCUCUAGGCAACCUAGAGCUAGAAGUGGGUAGAGCCUGUUUCUUCACACGUAGCCUCUGUCCUCAAUGUGGCUAUUUUUUUUAGCUGGGCUAUAAAACUCUUUGCCAUCUUGGGAAUUAGCUACUCUAUUGACUAAGAAGGCUCAAAAGGAUGCUGCAAUUUACAAAGAGGUAUAUCCAAUUCACUUUCAAAGCAGCCUUUGCCAACCUGGAACCCUCCAACUGUUUUUGGAGUACAACUCCCAUCGGCGCAAGCUGGCUGGGGCUGAUGGGAGUUGUAGUCCAAAAACAUCUGGAGGGUUCCAGGUUGGCAAAGAGUGGUGGAUUCAAAUGCUUCCCCUCUUCAGACCUCCAAUUCCCCCAUACAGUGCCCUUAAUCAUGGGAGGAGCCUCUGACCUCUUGUUGGGAAAGUUAUUGGACUUGUUUCUUCAUCCUCCUUGGAAUGAAUGAGUGAAUGAAUGGAUUUGCAUUUGGAAUGGUAGUACACGGGAUGAAUGGCUGUCUUUUGAACACAGGGAUGGGGAACCUGUGGCCCUCCAGAUGUUGCAGCACAGCUGCCAUCAUCCUGACCACUGCCUUUGCUCUUAGGAGCUGGAGUCCAGCUAGAGCACCAUGGUUUCCCCAUUCCUGUGACAACGUUUCUCAUUAAAUUGUCCAAAUACUCAUUUUGUGACUUGCGUGUUUUCACAUAUGCCGUUUCUGAUACUAAUUUAUUGUAUGCAUUUUUAUGUUACGCCGUCAUAUAUGUAUUAUAUUUUGCCUGUUGUUAAGGCUUCCCUUUUUGUCAGCUUGCUAUUCAAAUCUUCAGUUUCAGCAGACAGAAAAUGAUGGCUUGAUGUAGUGCUCUAGAGCAGUGUUUCCCAACCUUGUGCCUCCAGCUGUUUUCGGACUACAAUUCCCAUCAUUCCUGACCACUGGUCUUGCUAGCUAGGGAUGAUGGGAGUUGUAGUCCCAAAACAUCUGGAGGCACAAGGUUGGGAAACACUGCUCUAGAGUGUUCACAGCACUUCACCUGAAUUAUUUCAUUAAUCUUUGCAACAACCCUGGGCUCUGGGUCAGUAUUGGCAUUCCCAUACUGCAGAUGGGAGACUGGGGCUAAGAGAUGCCACUAAGGGUGUCCAUUGAUUCACAGCUCAGUUUCUUAACAGUGCAAUCCUGAACAUGUUUACUUGGGUGUAAGCCCCACUGACUCUGCAUAAAGAGCAGCCUUAGACACUACGCCAGCUCUGGUUGUGCAGAGUGACUUUGUUUUAAUGCUUGCUGUGACCCGAACUCCCAAACAACUUGGAAUAAAAAACAUGGUUUCCAGAUCAAAUUAGUGUGGGUAGCACAAGUCUUUUUGUGUAGUCAAAACUCACCGUGCUUUUGUGACUUCUUUCAUGCAACAACUCUUUUAGCAUACUUUGAAUAU